UUAAUAUUUGUCAAUUGUUUUCUCAGAAAAAAACAUUAACUUUUUCAACGUAAAUCUAAUAUAUCACCUAAUUCAAUGAAAAAAUAGCCUUGUUUACUUUCAAUUGAAAAAUGCCAAUAAAAAGAUACAUUAAAUAUUCCAUUGAAAAAUCACCUUUAAAUCACUUGGUGAGAUGUCAAAAGCAUCCCGGCCUUUUUCUUGGAAAUUUUCUUCAUUGUUGAUCAAAUACGUUAAAGUGUAAAAAAGUGAGUAAAAUUAGUGAGCAAAAAAAAGUUAAACAGUUUGACAAAAAAUAUUAAGUCAUUUGGUCAACUAGAUAACAUUGGUUUUAAAUUUUCUUAACUUUUCACGAUUUUGAGUUUAUAAUGGAAAUGGAAAUUAAACAAGAGUUCUUUAUUUCAACCUCACCUCCACCUGUAUUGCCCCUUCCACCACCUCCACAACAAUUUACAUUUCACCAGUCACCUUCACCUUCGCCAUUUUUAACUGUCAACCCACCGUUUUUACUCUCUAUUUUAAAAUCACCAUCUUCAGCAAACCCGCAAAAUCAUAUUGCACCAGCUCAAAGAAUUGUUGGAACAUCAACUCAUUCAACACAAACAAGGAUGAGUGAUAUGAAUAUUGGUCAAAACGUGCCAUCAGGAUCAAACAAAUCAGUGCCACCAUCAUUUGUGCGACCUCAGUGUUGUCGAAAUCAGUGUUGUGUCACUUGUUGCCCGGUAAUGCGACACCAGCUUCAACAUCUAUUGCAACCAGAACAACAAUUGCAACAUCAACAUCAACCAUCUGAAUAUUUUGAGAGAAGUAGUUUUGCCCGAAAACCUCCAAAAAUUGUUGGUGGCCAAUCAUUACGACAACGCGUUGAGAAUGCAAAAGAGUACCUUGAAAACAUCAAAAAAGGAUACAUAAGGACUGCUGAUCGUGAUCAAAUAAUCAAACUCAUUGAUGAUCUUUACUAUCGCAACUAG